CCCCCGGUCUGUACAUCUUGAUUGUCGUAUUAAUAUGAUCAGCCAACAAGCGCCUGAUCUUCAAAAAAAGUUGGUCGAUUUUAUUGAUUUAUGUGAUAACAGUGAAUUAAACUUGGAAUUUUACACCGGGCGUCUUCUUGAUCAUCAAUGUGAGGUCCGUCUGACCUGUGUUAUGCAAUGGAGAGGUCAAGGACAAGGACAGUGCCACGCCCUAUGUCCUGCGUGAUCGAUCGCCCGCAGACAUUGGAAACCAAUGGCAAGGAUAUCCCCAAUGCGUUUAACCUUCCUCAUCAUGUGAAUUCACAGGAUCCCACUGGGCUGCCCUGUCCACCUGUGGCAAGUCCAGCAUGUAGCCGCAAACAUACCCCAGGUACCUCCUGCCAAGCUUUGAGGGAUGCUGUGUCAGCACUAAAUCGUUUGGAUGACUUUGUCUGUGAAAUGCUUGGGACUGGUUUCUUUAGUGAGGUCUUCAAAGUUACACAUCGAGUGACGGGGCAAGUCAUGGUCCUUAAGAUGAACAAAGAUCACAGUAACCGUCCAAACAUGUUACGAGAAGUCCAGCUAAUGAAUCGUCUUUCUCAUCCUAAUAUUCUCAAAUUUAUUGGCGUCUGUGUCCACGAGGGACAGCUCCAUGCAUUGACUGAGUUUAUAAACGGAGGGAGUCUGGAACAAACAUUGGCUGACAAGCUCAUCGACCUGCCCUGGUAUUUACGGAUCAAGUUUGCCAAGGACAUUGCUAUGGGAAUGAAGUACCUUCACUCUCGGGGUGUCUUCCAUCGUGAUCUCACUUCAAAGAAUGUUCUUAUCAAGAGAGGAGAAGAGGAUGAUGAUAUGACGGCCAUAGUGGCUGACUUUGGACUGGCAGCAAAGAUACCUGACCCUCUGGAUGCUUGUGACAAAAACAAAAACCUUGGUGUAGUUGGCUCCCCCUACUGGAUGGCUCCUGAAUGUCUCAUUGGGGACUAUUACAAUGAAACAGCUGAUGUGUUUUCCUACAGUAUUAUAUUAUGUGAGAUUAUAGCCAGAAUCGAGGCUGACCCAGACUUCCUGCCAAGAACUAGGAACUAUGGCCUUGACUAUGUGGCAUUUAGUGACAUGGUGGAAGACUGUCCAUUAGAGUUCCUCCAUCUAGCUUUUAGGUGCUGUCAGAUUGACUACAAAAAGCGUCCCACGUUUGUUGAGGUGGUGGACUGUGUGGAAGACCUAGAAGAGGACAUGGCUGCUGCUGAGAGGUACCGCAACGAAAAUGAGGUUCCUACAGCUCCAGGUAUCAAUAUCCGAGGUCGCAAAAGAUCAAAGUCCAACGAGCAACUCUCACCUUCUCUUGGGUCGCAGUCUCCGUCAUCGUUUCAAUACCAGCCUCCUUCCGGUUUGCAGUUGAAUCCAUCAAUUCGUAGAUACUCACUUGCUGUGGGAACAGAAGUUACAGCUCACCUGAUCGGGAAAGUCAUGAGCGAGGACGAUCCAUUUUACACACCUGCAAAAUCAAACCCGUUUACAAAACUACAGCACUUUAAAGCUGGACAGAAAUUUGUUGGUGGUACUAAGGACAUGUAUUAUUUCAAUCCUGCCCCACCCACUCCUGGUACUCCGCCUUGCAGCCCAAUGUCACCCGAUGAUGGUUCGGGGACGCGUCCUCGGUGUUCCCGGCUCAGGAGAAGUCAGUCAUUGCCUGGUUCUCCCAUCUUCAGGCGGAAAUUGACAUUCGAGCGUUUCAAUAUGGCGCACUUAGCAAUGAAACAAAGUGUGUCGUCUUUCAAUCCUGGGAGCUCUGAUGAGCCGAAAACCCCUGUCGAAGAAAGUGGAGACUCAGAUGACGCAAGUAGUACUGACAGUGCCGUGUUUGUCUGUAAGAAUACAAGCGUUGCACAAGACACUAAGGGAAAACGUUAUGCUUUUAAAGGUCGGCAUAUAAGCGCAGAGUGUUCACUGCUGUUUUCUGGGGUAGCUGACUGUGAUAAAGAUGACUCAUCUUCCAACUUGCCAAAAUCAUUUCACAAGGAGGAGCAAAACCUUGAUAGUUCCAUGGACUCUUGUUUCUCUGCUGAUGAUGCCAUCGCCUUAUCUCCUGGAAGUUCAAUGUCCACCCAAGGUUUCGAGGAUUACAACACAUCUCAGUGUUCAGAUGGAAAUUCGCGUUUGUUGGCGAAAACAAAAAAUCAUAAUAAUUGUUCUGGCGAUUCUGGGACAUAAGAUUUCCAAUUCUACAAUUCCUUAACACGUGAAUUAAGGGCAUGCAUGUUUGAUGGUCAAUCUUUGACACAUUCAUGAUGUAUACUUUGGAAUGCUUUGUUAUUGGAAAGAAGCCCAACUGGAGAUAGAUCUUAAGGCCAAGCCUAUUUUUAUGAAAAGGUGGCUAUUUCUAGCUUCCAGCUUGUUGCUUGCGUCCAUUUUAGAACCUUUAAUACAGAUAUGCCAAAUUACUUUUUCUCAUGUUGUCAGAUGAUGAAUGUUAACUUUGAUAAAAUGCUUAUUGAUAAUCAUGGCCGAUUUAACCUGUGAUCUCAUGAACUUGAAAUUGUUACGUUAUAAUGAUGUUGGCUCAUCCCUGUUUGAAUAUGAGCCUGCAUUUGUGCAAUACUUUGGUUAAUGCAGGGGGAUCUUUGUAAGUGUAGUGGUGUCAUCAAAAUAAACCAUCCAUUUGAAAAAUAUAUAAGAUCCAAUACAUGUACUAUUUGUAAGUCAAGUGUAUUAUAAUCUGGGUUUUCCAAAUGCUAUAUACGCACAAAAAAAACUUGCUUCUACUACAUUGUCUUCAUCAUUGGCUUGUCAAAGGCAGAUGCUUUAAAUUAAUGACACAUGAUGCAAUGAAUAAUAUUGGAUGACACUUCAAAGUUUUUAAAUACCUGUAAGCAUUUUUAGCUUACCAACUAUGAGUAAAAACUUUGCAAGUGAUCCAAUCCUAUUGCUGCGACUGGUGCUGUACACCACUAAUUGUGUUCAGAAGAAUUUACAAUGCCAUAUUUAGCAUAAAAAAAGUAGUAUUAGAUUGUUACUGUCUUUUGCUGUCGUUGUUCCAUUGCUGGACCUAAGUGUUCUGAAGCGUGAAACCGUUCUAAUGGAAUCAUAAUUUCUAUUUUUCCUUUCGGCAUAUACUUAAAACAGGGAUAAACUUGACUAUUUAUCAUGAUAAUUAAUUAGCAUAAUGAAAACAACUGUUUUGUAGUAAUUAGCGCCUACUAGUAUUUAUAAAUGUCGAAAAUCACGUGGCCAAUUUAUCUGUUUCAGUAUUUUUUGGUGGCUGAGUGCACAAUACAUGUAGGUGGCCACUCAACUUGUAUUAUGCAUUGUUUACUUAACUGUGAUCAAAGAUUUGUUUGUAAUGGGGGGAGACUGUUGUUCAUUAUUAAAUAAUGUUGUACAUAGUGUGGAUUAUACUUUUGGAUAGCACUAUUGACGUCUUGAUAUUUAAUAUUCUCUUGUUUAAAUGGAGUUAUAUUUUAUUUUUUUCUGUGAUUCGGAUUAAAUACUGGGUGGAUAAUUGAAUGACAGUUGUGAUCCUCGAAAUCUAUAACAUUAUGUCAAGGGAAGUGUAUUAUUCAAAGUGACAACUGUUCUAACAAUGAACAGGAUGUGAAAUCACAACCAAGGGGCAGAAUUCUCCUCUUUCCAGAUGAGCACCUGACAAUCAUGUGGUGAAUCGGUCACCCUUUACUCUAUUGAUUAUAACUUUGUGGCUGACAUGAUAUCUGAAAUAUCAAAGCCUGACCCUGUAAGUUACACUAAGUCGGCCAUUUUCUUUCCCACAUCAGAACUCCAGCAGAAGCUCAUUUGUAAAUAGGCUAAUUUCCCCUUUUCUGACCCUUACUUGCUUUCUGAUGUUUGACUGUCAUCUUUUAUGACUGAUCUCAUAGUUUUGUUUUCUAAAUUUUAUUUGGUACUGUCAAGAAUAAUUAGGAUGGUAUUUACCACAACCUUCAGAAGAUUGGGUAUAGUCUCUGAGAAUCGGAACUAAGUAGCAUCGGGUAUAAGGAAUAGCCAACUUGAUGUGUGGAUUAGUUUUACUUUCUGCUGAAAGACGUCAGUACUGGAAACCCCAGCAUGUGAUUAUUGACCUGGAUGUCGUCUGCUUCGGUAUAAUCCUCAAUUGUUAUAAAAACAUGUAUGAUUAUGUUAUUCAGAGCAACAUUUGUGUAAAAUUGAAAUUAUUUAGUACGGUACUUAUUCGUGAUUAGUGUUUCGUUGAAUGCCACUAUCGGGGCGAGAUUAUGUUAAGUAUUAUUCUAGUAUUACAAGACUUACUAAAAGUUGUUUGAAUUGUAGAAAACCCUCGAAUGCAGUUAAUUGCUCACUAAAGUUUAUCCGGCAAUACUUAUUGACAUUGCUUUGACUUUCUCACAGCUUUGUAUGUAACAAAACUGAAAAUGUCAGAAUAUGAUGCAUACUUGCAGUGAUAUUGUUUACAUGUUCAAUGUGCCUAGCCUAAACAUUGGCAGUUUGACCAUUUAGUGAAUUUCAUCAGUUGGCAGCUUGUCUGCCCAUUAAGCCAGAGUCCAGGUCGUCAAAUUGCUUUAUGAAGAAAAUGGUGAAUGGUGUUCUUGUAAAUGAUAUGUAAUAGCUAUUGUAUAACAGGAUGAUGUUGCAUCCCUAAAGAUUUUUGCUUCAUACAUGUAGAAGCAGAACUUGGUCUGGGGUUUUCAGUUCCAAAUAUGGACAGCAGAUGGCAGCAUAUAUAGUUGCAAGUAUAGCUUAUGAUUGGUCACUCUUGGAGGUGUGUAUCACGUACACACCUCCACUAUGGACUGUACCUCAUUAUAAUAACACAAUAAUCAUGUGAUAUUGGAAUGAGUUAUAAAUUGAAUAGUUACAGUCAAAAAAUUGUAGAAAAGCUUGUGACUUGUACACAUAACAGUAUUCAGAAUUUUGCAACACUAAUUACGAUUAAUAAUCUUUCUUUCUGAAAAUGUAAAAAUGUUUAGAUUUAUAAUUUUCCGAUAUGACGUACACUGAAGACUAAAAGUUUUGAGAUGUUGUAAUUUGGAACGGAUGAGAGUGUGCACAAGUUUUCACCGGGGCUUUCACACGUUGCCUGGUAUCAUAUACUAAUUUCAGAACUCAUCAUUAUGUUUUUUAACUAUUUAUCAAUCGGUUCAAAGUUUCAGAAAUUAAUAAAAAAUGUUAA